AUGGCUGAAACAAUGGCAAUGGCAGACCCUUCCAAAAUCGUUCGAACAACAGUCAAUGGCUGGCGGAUACCAAACUCCCAAGCUGUACACAGAACGCAACUUAUAUGCAAGACACUGAGCUCGGCCCUCGUUCGUGUUGAAGUGGAUACAAGCCCGACUCUAAUAGACACAAAGGUGGAUGUAGCGGUAAACGGUGUGUCGUGCCUGACAAGAAGAAACAAACAAAGCCGGAUGCCAAUGAACCGAAGACGGUGGGCAAGGAUGGAGGCCCAAAGACCAUGUUGCCCGACUCAAUUGCAGAAAACGCCUUUUCAAUGGCCUGGGACCGGAUUGGCAAAUAAUACAGGAGAACCGGCACACUAG